AUGCCAUCAAUGGCAACUAGGCAAGACAGACGUCAAAAGCUGGCUGGAGCUAGGAGGUGGCGAUUGCCGACUGACCGGAGGACGGGGGAGUGGGGACUCUUUGCGACGUCGAAAAGAGAUGGAGUGUCGGUUGGACUCUCUCCAAAUUCUUUGAACCUGGAGGAAAGCACAAAAAUUGGAAGAUUAACUGAAAGAAGGGGAUCUGUAUCUGCCAAAGAAUUGAUCGUUUGGUAUAUAAUAGUGAAUUCCCCCAAGUCUGUCUUACCUAACAGUGUUACAUAUAUGGCAAAAGUCCUCAGGAAUGGGGCGGAAGAGCGCGAGAAUUUCCACAAAUUCUUCGAGUGCUGGCUUGUUGAGCAAAGCCAGUAUCUUGAAGAACUUGUCUCCGCCUCUAAAGAACGCGACCAGCUUGAGAAUAAUGGUCGAACCAUUACUAAGGAAGAAUUUGAUGAGAGCGUUUUGCGUCCUCUAAUCCACCGUGUUGUGCAGCAUUACGAGCAUUACUACAAGGCGAAAGCAAGGUGGGCGAAACACAAUGUGUUAACCAUGUUCAAUCCAUCCUGGACCACCUCUCUUGAGGAUGCUUUCCUAUGGAUUGGUGGUUGGAGGCCAAGUGACUUGGAAGAUAUUUCACCAAGUCAACUCAGUAGGGUGGAUGAAUUGCAGAGGAAAACCAUAAGGGAAGAGAAGGAGAAUAGUGAGAAGCAGGCAAAGCAUCAAGAGACGAUUGCAGACUCGUCCAUGGUCGAGAUGUCCCAUGCUGUGUCCGAGUUAAAGAGAGGAGGAGAAGUCGGUAAGGAAGGGGGUGAGAUAGACAAGGGACAAGUCGAGGCAACCCUGGCACACAAGGAGGAAGGUUUGGUGGAAGUCUUGCGAAGGGCAGAUGAACUAAGGAUGAAAACCCUCCAAGAAAUUCUCAACAUUUUGACUCCACUACAGUGUGUCCAUUUCUUGAUUGCUGCUGCUGAAUUACACUUGAGGGUUCACGAAUGGGGUAAGAAAAGGGACGCCAUUCACCACCAAGCUGGUCGAGAUGGGCACGAGCAAUAA